UUUUUCUCAGGGGACGUUCAAAUUAUUUUUGUAACGGGAGUCGGCAGAGGACGGGGCGUGCCCGACGUGCGCGCGUCCUCCCUCCCCGGCCCUCCUCCAGCGUCCGCCGGCGCCUGCCCUGCGAGGGCGUCAUGCCGCCCAAGACCCCCCGUAGAGCAGCAGCCGCCGCCGCCGCCGCCGCCGCCGCGGAGCCCCCGCCGCCUCCCCCGCCGCCCCCUCCUGAGGAGGACCCCGAGCAGGAUAGCGGCCCCGAGGACCUGCCUCUGGCCAGGCUUGAGUUUGAAGAAACUGAAGAACCUGAUUUUACUGCAUUAUGUCAGAAAUUAAGGAUACCAGAUCAUGUCAGAGAAAGAGCUUGGUUAACUUGGGAGAAAGUUUCAUCUGUGGAUGGAGUCUUGGAAGGUUAUGUUCAAAAGAAAAAGGAACUAUGGGGAAUCUGUAUCUUUAUUGCAGCAGUUGACCUAGAUGAGAUGCCAUUCACUUUCACUGAGCUGCAGAAAAACAUUGAAACCAGUGUCUAUAAAUUUUUUGACUUACUAAAAGAAAUCGAUACCAGUAUCAAAGUUGAUAAUGUUAUGUCAAGACUGUUGAAGAAAUAUAAUGUGUUGUGUGCGCUCUACAGCAAAUUAGAAAGAACAUGUGAACUUAUAUAUUUGUCACAACCCAGCAGUUCGAUAUCUACGGAAAUAAAUUCUAUGUUGGUGCUAAAAGUUUCUUGGCUCACGUUUUUACUAGCUAAAGGGCAAGUUUUACAAAUGGAAGAUGAUCUGGUGAUCUCAUUUCAGUUAAUGCUGUGUGUCCUUGACUAUUUUAUCAAACUCUCACCUCCCACAUUACUCAAAGAACCAUACAAAACAGCUGUAAUACCUAUUAAUGGUUCACCUCGAACACCAAGGCGAGGUCAGAACAGGAGUGCACGGAUAGCAAAACAACUAGAAAAUGAUACAAGAAUUAUUGAAGUUCUCUGUAAAGAACAUGAAUGUAAUAUAGAUGAGGUGAAAAAUGUUUAUUUCAAAAAUUUUAUACCUUUUAUGAAUUCUCUUGGAAUUGUAGCUUCUAACGGACUUCCAGAGGUGGAAAGUCUCUCUAAACAAUAUGAAGAAAUUUACCUUAAAAACAAAGAUAUAGAUGCAAGAUUAUUUCUGGAUCAUGAUAAAACUCUUCAGGCUGAUCCUACAGACAGUUUUGAAAUGCAGAGAACACCACGAAAAAGUAACCCUGAUGAAGAGGUGAAUGUGAUUCUUCCACAGACUCCAGUUCGGACUGUCAUGAAUACUAUCCAGCAAUUAAUGAUGAUCUUAAAUUCAGCAAGUGAUCAACCGUCAGAAAAUCUGAUUUCCUAUUUUAAUAAUUGCACAGUGAAUCCAAAGGAAAGUAUCCUGAAAAGAGUGAAGGAUAUUGGGUACAUCUUUAAAGAGAAAUUUGCUAAAGCUGUGGGACAGGGAUGUAUGGAAAUUGGAUCACAGCGAUACAAACUUGGAGUCCGAUUGUAUUACCGAGUAAUGGAAUCCAUGCUUAAAUCAGAAGAAGAACGAUUAUCCAUUCAAAAUUUUAGCAAACUCCUGAAUGACAACAUCUUUCAUACGUCUUUGUUGGCUUGCGCUCUUGAGGUUGUAAUGGCUACAUAUAGCAGAAGUACAUCUCAGAAUCUGGAUACUGGAACAGAUUUGUCCUUCCCUUGGAUUCUGAAUGUACUUAAUUUAAAAGCUUUUGAUUUUUACAAAGUGAUUGAAAGUUUUAUCAAAGCAGAAGCCAACUUGACCAGAGAAAUGAUUAAACAUUUAGAACGAUGUGAACAUCGAAUCAUGGAAUCCCUUGCAUGGCUCUCAGAUUCACCUUUAUUUGAUCUUAUUAAACAAGCAAAGGACCGAGAAGGACCAGCUGAUCACCUUGAACCUGCUUGUACUCUCAACCUUCCUCUCCAGAAUAAUCACACUGCAGCAGAUAUGUAUCUUUCUCCUGUAAGAUCCCCAAAGAAAAAAGGGUCAACUACACGUGUAAAUUCUACUGCAAAUUCAGAGGCACAAGCAACCUCAGCCUUCCAGACUCAGAAGCCAUUGAAAUCUACCUCCCUUUCACUCUUUUACAAAAAAGUGUAUCGACUAGCAUAUCUUCGACUAAAUACCCUGUGUGCACGCCUUCUGUCUGACCACCCAGAACUAGAACAUAUCAUCUGGACCCUUUUCCAACACACACUGCAGAAUGAGUAUGAACUCAUGAGAGACAGGCAUUUGGACCAGAUUAUGAUGUGUUCCAUGUAUGGCAUAUGCAAAGUGAAGAAUAUAGACCUUAAAUUCAAAAUCAUUGUAACAGCAUACAAAGAUCUUCCUCAUGCUGUUCAGGAGACAUUCAAACGUGUUUUGAUCAGAGAAGAGGAGUAUGAUUCUAUUAUCGUUUUCUAUAAUUCAGUCUUCAUGCAGAGACUGAAAACAAAUAUUUUGCAGUAUGCUUCCACCAGGCCCCCUACCUUGUCACCAAUUCCUCACAUUCCUCGAAGCCCUUACAAGUUUUCUAGCUCACCUUUACGGGUUCCUGGGGGCAACAUCUACAUAUCACCCCUGAAGAAUCCGUAUAAAAUUUCAGAAGGUCUGCCUGUGCCAACAAAAAUGACUCCAAGAUCAAGGAUCUUAGUAUCAAUUGGUGAAUCAUUUGGGACUUCUGAGAAGUUCCAGAAAAUAAAUCAAAUGGUGUGUAACAGCGACCGUGUGCUCAAAAGAAGUGCUGAAGGAAGCAACCCUCCUAAACCACUGAAAAAACUGCGCUUUGACAUUGAAGGAUCGGAUGAAGCAGAUGGAAGUAAACAUCUCCCAGGGGAGUCCAAAUUUCAACAGAAACUGGCAGAAAUGACAUCUACUCGAACACGAAUGCAAAAGCAGAAAAUGAAUGAUAGCACGGAUACCUCAAACAGGGAAGAAAAGUGAGGACCUCACGACCUUGUUGGGCACCCUGUACAUCUCCAGCUUCAUUGUCUCCCACAGAUCUGACUGUAGAACUCUC